AUGUGGCUCUUUCGAGUCUUCUCAUCGGCCAUCUUCUUGGCCGUCACUGUCUCCUCCAUCCCGCUGGCCUUUGACGUGGGCGGGAAGACCUGCGGUCUGGCCUUUUCGCUAUCCCUAGCAACUUUCUACUUUCUCUACUCCCUUUUGCGCGUUACCACGCCAGUCUCCUCCAACGUUCGCUCGUCGCUUAUCACUGUCGUUCGGUCUACGCAAUGGCUCCUCAUUCCGAUCUUAUUGAUUUGGGCGCUCAACCGUUUCUCCGUCGAUCCGGAAAAUAACAGUGAAUGGGUGGAGCGCACCUUUAGCGGGACCCGUGCGCAGGAUACUUCCAUCCAAGAGUGGCUCUUUGGUCGCGGUGGCCUGGUUGAAUCUGUCACCUUGGGAAACUGGGAUCGACUGCUGCGAUGGUCCACUCCGGUGUUCCAGCUGGCUGAGGGGUUCUGUAGUCUGUUGGUCAUUCAAGCGGCUGGUCAAAUCACCCGAUGGCUGGUGAAUCGUGGUGGGCGCAGCGAUAGCUGGAUGAUCGGUCUCCUCGUUCUAUCUGCUACCAUCAUCUCCAGCUCCGUCUAUUUCCUCUGGCGCGUUCUGCAAUUCCCUGAGAUCUCCAAUGUAGAUGCUGCCCUUAUCGGAGUCUCGAUUACCUGUGCGGUCAUUCUCUGUGCUUGGGGAAUCGGCAGUGGGCGGGGAAAUCCAGUGGAGAGCUCUCUACUCUUCGCCUACAUUGUCCUUUGCAUCUACCAGAUCUUCACGGACUACCAGCCAUCGUACCCUGUGGAGCAAGUCCCGUCUCCUUCCCAGGCCGGCGACUUUCCCCCGCUUCCACCGAUCUUCAUGGCAUCAUACACGACUCUCAUGCAUGCUCUAUCACUCUUGCCCUCGAUUAUCCAUGCUGGAUUCAAUGUGAUCACUGCUGUUUUCAGUGCCGUCACUCCAUCGGUUCUAAUUUCGCUGGCUUAUCGACUACUUGUCCUCUACGCAUCAACACGGAUCAUUCCAGCUGUACGUGAGUCUGGGGCCCGUGCGCUGUCCCAAGAGGCUUCUUUAGAGGACUCUGAUGGUGCUGGUCAAGUUCUAGCCUUCCUGAGCUACUUUUCACCAUCUAUCCUCAUCGCGGUUUAUACCAGCCUUUUGAUGCAACACUUCUCGUCCACUUCACAGGCAAUGGGAGGUAGCGGCGAGUGGUGGAGUGUCCAAGGUGCUGGAGGCGGCAAUCUCUGGCGCUGGAUCAACCUGGCCUGCACCACAGCGCUUUACGCUGUUGAGCUCUGGCUUGGAGAACAUAAUGAUCUCGAUAACGGACUAGCUGGUCAUUGGAAAACGGAUUGA